AUGCCGAACCUCAGGAGCCACUGGUCCAGCGCCCUCCUUUGCUUCCUGGGGCUGCUGGCUGCGUCCCGGGAGAGGGUCCUGCCGGGGGGCCCCGGCCCCGACUGGCAGCGCUGCAAGCAUUUCUCCAGCCAGGUCAACAAGCUGGCUUGGGACCUCGAGGGCCACAUGAGCUUGGUGAACCUGGUGGAGGAGAAGCCCAGCGAGGACCUGAGCCCCCAGAUCCGGUGCAGCGACAACUGCGACCCCGCCAAGCUGGGCUCUGACCAGAGCUGCCUGCGCCGGAUCCGCAAGGCCCUGCAGCAUUACCAGGCACUGCUGGGCUCCGACGUCUUCGCCGAGUUGGGGGGCCCCAACACCAGCCCCGUGGCCACACUACAGGGCGCCCUGGCCCAGCUGACCAGCCUCGUCCAGGACGGCAGCUUCACCGAGGGGUCGGGGACCCCGCCGCAGCAGAGCCAGCCCUGGGAACGGCCCCUGCUGCGGCGCCGGAUCCUCCACCAGCUCCGCUCCUUCUCAGCCGUGAUGGCACGGGUCUUCGCCCACAGCGCGGCCACCCGCUAG